AUGAACUUGCUGCAGGGCAAGAGCAACCAGUAUCUACGCGAGGCUAUACUCGAGGAAAGCGUGGAGAAGGCGCGGCGCUACCUGACGCUCAAGAUUGGCAAGGCUGAUGUGGCGGCGCUUACGGAAAGUGGCGGCUUCUCCAUGCUGCACUGCGCCUGCCUCGUGGGGAACACGCAGAUCGCCAUGAUGCUACUUCAGCACGGGGCCGACGUACUCGCGCUAACUGACGAUGGCUACACGGCGCUGGAUCUGGCCAUCUGGAGGGGUCACUUACAGAUCAUCGAGUUGCUGCGGUCUCAGGGCUGCGUGGCGCCCAUGAAAGAGCCCGAGAGUUUGAAUGGCAAAGCGAUCUCCCACCUUGGACGCAAAGCCACCGUCGUCUUCUUCGAGCCUAGCACGAGCAUCCGCACAAGCAGUUUGCGUGGUCUUUACUACGAAGAUAAAGGAGAAGCCAAGCUCGUGAACCUCUGGGCCGGCACCGACUACAAAAUCGUAGGCUCGAAUCCAUACUACGAGGAGCUACGCAAGUUUGACUACCAGUACGCCGAGAUUCCAGUGACACUCCCGCAAGACUACGACGCCAUGCUACAGGGAGCUCUACAAGGGGCGGCAUUCUUCGAUAAUGACAGUGACAGUGAGAGUGACAAUGAGAUCGAAGAGAUCGUAGAUGUCCGAGUGCCUCCUGGUCCACUCGGUGUGCUACUCGAUAGCGGGAUUCAGGAAUGUGCUGUCGUUCACGGCUUCACCAACCUCCCGACAGGCGAAAAGGGUCCCAUUGAGCAGCAUGGAGACGUGUAUCCAGGCAUGUACAUCAUGAGCAUCAACGAGACUAAUGCAUCGCUCAUGUCGCUGCAGCAGGUCACCCAGCUACUGGGCAAACUUGCGCGUAAGGAGAAGCUCAUCCGCUUCGCCGUCUUCCGUCCAGGAUCGCCACGCAACCGCAGCAUGACAGACACAGCCUCCGAGGUCUCCAACCAGCGCUUGUCUGUCACGUCCAAUGCCUCGUUGCCACCUCCAGUGCUAGUUGCAGCCAAGCCGCCAACUCCAAGCUCCGGUCUUGCAAGUUUCUCGUCACGUUUUGCUAACUUGGCAGCGUCUGUCAUGGAUAAAAAGCCUCCCACCCCUCGAACCAGCAUCACCUGUAGUAUGCCAGCUACAGCUCACAGCUCGGAAGAAUGUCCCUAUCGGUGA